AAAUCACACAAGCGAGGUGUCAGUUCAUUAUGUCAUAAACCCGUCAUCAUGUUUUGCCCGGUCGGAUAAACAAAUUUUCGCUCAUUUAUUACCACGACGUUUUGAAACAGUGACAUAUGCAAAUGUUUUUUUUUGUUCGUAUUCUAACUGUUUAAGAUGACGCUGGUUUUCGUGUUUUGGCGAAACGGCCAGAAGGACGAUUGAUAAAAAUCUUCCGAAAAAAGCAUUCAUCCGUGGAAAGGUUCGUUAUAUUGCAUAGGUACAUAGGGGAGCUAUGCUAUUUCAUUAAAAAAAGGAAGCGGAACGGUCACUCGGAGAACGGACCUUGGAUGAUUCGGAUUUAAGAAAGGGGGAGUCGAGGACCGUUUAUUUUAAAGAAUAAAAAAAAUAUGCUUGAGAGGAAAAUGGCAUUGAUUUGGAAGAUUCUUUUUCACUUUGCUGGUUUGCUGAUCGCUGUCACAUGUCAAGAAGAGGACCGCGGACUGGUGGUCUCCUUACUCCCCGAUCAUGUCAGUGAGAUAGUCACAUUCCCCGGCAGGGUAGACAACUUUGUGAACUCUAAAGACACGACGGAUGACAAAUCAGGUCACCGGUUUUUGUAUUUCUUCGGUCGUACGGACGUUCUUAGUAUGGCGUGUGACCCAUGGAAUCAUUCCAUGUAUGUUCUGGAUGGUCUGUCCCAGAGUCUCUACAAGAUGCACCAUUUCAACAUCUGGAUGAAUGAUACUGAAAGAAACGUGACCCUCAUGCAUAAGGGGGUGUCGCACUCCGCUACAUCCCAGAUAGCGUUCGAUUGGCUUUCUCGGAACAUCUAUUGGACAGAUGACUAUUACAACUGGAUUGGUGUACAACCUGUCGAUACCGAGGAUAAGACUAUGUACAAAAUUAUCAUGCAUGAUGGACUCUGGUCCCCGCUAGCUUUGAGUUUGGACCCUAUUAAAGGAUAUUUGUUUGUUGCUGAGCAUGGUGCCAAUACGGUUAUAGAGCGUGCCGAUCUGGCCGGCGAAAACCGGAAGACCAUCAUUACCUCGGUUUCAAAAGUCCCUGACAUAGUGGUGGAUACAGAGGAAGAAAGGAUCUACUGGAUAGACAUCGGCAGGAAUGCUCUAGAAACGGCUAAAUAUGACGGCACCGACAGACGACUGGUGCGGCGCUCCACCAAUAUCUACAUCAUGAUGAGUGGACUCACUCUGUACAAGGAUGUGGUGUGCCUAACAAAGUUUCAGGAGAAUGAGGUUUUGUGUCUGGACAAAAGGAGCGGUUCCGUGGUGUGGUCAACCACUUUUGCGACUCAGCAGCCGUGGAGUGUGGAGGUGUACGACAAAGACCUACAGAAAAGAGUUCCCCACGAAUGCGAAAAGAAAGGUUGCAGCCAAUUUUGCGCAAAUACCCCGACUGGUGCUAAAUGUCUUUGCAAAGAAGGACAAGAACUUGACAGGGACGGUAAAAGCUGUAAAGUCUCUCAUACAUUGUAUGGUAAAGGGCUCUUGGUAGCCAAUGGUACAGACUUGUGCAUGCUGGACAUCCGGGUGAUUACGGGUCAUGAAAGCGAUGCCCGGUGCUUCCUUUCCUGGAAACACAAUAUCACUCACCUAGCUGUCGACGCCAACCAGAACAAGAUUUAUUUCACGGACGACGUAAGCAGGAGGAUCCAGAAACACGACAUUGUACUCAAUGUCACUUCCAUCAUAGCAACUACAUCCUCAGUAUCUGGACUUGUGUACGAUUGGGUCAAUGAUGAUGUAUACUGGUCAGAGGACGACUCCGGGAAAGUUAAGGUUACUACUACAGCAGACAACGUCCGACAAGAAGCCACCAUUUUCUGGGGCCUUGAUCGCCCCACAUACCUUACAAUUAACCCACAUAACUCGUCAUUGUACUGGAUAUCAAAUAAAAACGGACAAUACAGUAUUGAGGGCGGGAGCUUUGACGGAAUGAAACGAUGGAGAAUAGCGGAGAAAGCCACACUCCAUAGCCCAUCUGGAUUAUUUUAUGAUUAUUCAUACAGAAAGCUAUUCUUCAUUGAUAAAGGGGAGCUCAAAAGUAUACUUCCAGACGGGAGUAGCCUGUUAGCUUUGAAUUCCGUAGGAAGCGACAGCAAGGUUGUUGUAUAUAAGGAUUAUGCUCUCGUUACUAAUAUCAAGAAUUCUGUUCGAACACUCAACAUCCACACGAAAGCUAUGCAGGGUUCUUUAAAUCUAACAAACGUUCAGAAAAUUUUGGACAUUGCAGUGUUUGAUAAAAGCAUUCAACUGAUAGAGAAAUCUCCUUGCAUGGUCAAUAAUGGAGGAUGCGAACAUAUAUGUACCGUAGACACAGGAAAGAAGAAAUGUCGCUGUGGGUUUGGAUACACACUCAAAUCAGACGGACUCAAUUGUUCAAGUAUUCCAAUUAUGGAGGACUUUGCCUUGACGGUGGACUACACUCAUGGAAUACUCUAUCAGGUCUCUCUAAAUAAUGCCGAAGUGACGGCAGUGGAUCUUCCGCCGCCUAACUACCCAAUGAGCGCUGCGUACGACGCUAAACGUCACCGCGUGUACUGGACAGACUUCCAGCGAUACCAGAUUCUGGAGAGCACGAUCUGGGGCAAAAAUAAAACAGUCGUCUUUAACACAGGGUCAUACAUUCCCGGUUCCAUUCAGGUUGACUCAUCCACGGGAAAUAUCUACUACGCCGCCACCACUUUUGAUUUUAUGAAGGGAGUGACGUCACAUAUCGCGGUUGUACGACCAAAGAGUGAGCAGAACAAAGUGGUGAUCUCUCAGCUAGAAGUGGUCAAAACCAUCGCGCUGCACCCCCAGAAAGGAUGGCUUUACUGGAUUGACAAGGGAGGUGCCCAGUACACGGCUUAUAUAGGGCGAGGCGCCAUGGAUGGCGACAGUCGGUCUUUCUUCGUGUCCUCCAAUUUGUUUAGCCCCACCGGUUUAACUGUUGACUACCAAGGUGAUAAGUUAUACUGGUCUGAUAGUUACAUGAAUACAAUCAAUUAUAUUGGUUUGGACGGCACCAACCGAGGGGAACUGACCCAUGAUCCUCGUGCAGAUAUUAUGCAUAUUGCAAUAUUUGGAUCCCAUUUGUACUACACUGCUGUGAACAGGCAGUUCAUCACUAAAGUGAACAAAGAGACGGGAACUAUUUCUUCUUGGAUGAGUGAAACGCCGGAAUUCGGACGUUUGGAAACAUUGGACAUAUAUCCAGGAGACCCCAUGCCAGUUAACGAAAAAUGUGCCGUAAAUAAUGGUCUGUGUAGUACGUUUUGUUUACCAACUCCGUUCGGUCGGACGUGUGCUUGUGAGGAAGGAGUUCUAUUGGAGAAAGAUGGCAGAACGUGUAAAGGGGUCAAGAAGUGUAACCAGACUGUUCCAAAUGGGGGGUUUGACGUGGAGUGCAGCGGUUACCUAGGAACCACGUGCAAGUAUCACUGUUCCCAAGGUUACAUCCCAGCAAUGGCGAACCAAGAGUUACACUGUAGCUACAAUGGAGACUGGGGUGUUCGCAUGGAAAAACUCUGUGAACCUUACGGUCCCGCUAGGGCCGAUUUCUCCACAGAGUCUCGUGAACUAGACAGGGCGGCCCUCGGGGGGAUCCUGGGAGCGGUCAUCUUCGUCCUUCUCGCCGCCAUUGUCGUUAUAAUCCUUGUAUUAUACAAGAGACGAUCGGGUAUGUUUGCUCACGCAAAGUUUGUUAACGCUCCAAAUGUACAGCUAAAUCCAUCUAAUGCCGAGAAGAUAGACGAGAAAGACCUCUCCAAUGGGAAGGAUCACAGCAACGGAACUUUGAAUGGAACUAUGGGAACUAGCAACCCAGUGUACGAAUACAAAACCGACACAAACAAUUCCAACAGUUCUCAUCACGUCUACACGACAUUGGAUAUUCAGAAAAUGUGAUCACGUGACUCUCGGGGUAGUAUCAUUCCAGAUUUUGAAAUCCAUCUAUCAGGAGACUGAAAUCCACUUAUACUAAUGUGUCUCUAACUGGAGCAGUUCUUCAAAGAAUGGUUAGGACAUCGCAUCUUUUCAACAUUGAAAUGGACAUUAUUAAUAAGUGUUGAUUUUCAGAUGUAAGAUUUUUUUUUUAUUGUUGAUGUUUAUAUGGUGCUGAGGGAUUGAUUUUUAAUAUCCUGAAAUCUAGACAAAUAAAUACAUGAUUGUAUGUUUAAUAUAGUGUA